UCUUCAUCUCUGCAUAUCGAUGUUUCUAGAUUAUGGAUUUUGCUAGAGUGCUCAUUCUCAUUAGGUCGUCGCCUAAGGCCCAAGAUUGGGACGAUGCCGCCGACGUCAUAGACUUUGGUAGGACGCGUUCAGACGCGUGGAAUGCAGCUCUGUGACACCCAACACCUGCACUCAGCAAUGUCGAGGAAGCGAACCCUCGACGGCUUCUUCGCGCCAGCGGAAGCAAAGAAGCCCAAGAUCGAGAUCCCAGAAGAGGUCUCCGACCACCCCAGUUACCCAUUCCCCAUACGUCAUCUCCCAGCAGUAAUCGCAGACGGGCUUGGGUUUGCUCCAUCGUCUGAAGGUCGAGAGAUAAACGACCAGUCCGAUCUCGAUCUUCUUUACUUCGAACCAUAUGUGCCCAAAGACAUCCAUCGCGAGCUUUUCAAGUUCCUGAGACAGGAGCUGUUCUUCUACCGAGUCCAAUACCACAUCAAACGUGGUCCAGUCGAGACGCAGAUCAAUACGCCGCGAUGGACUACGGUGUUUGGGGUAGACGAAACGUGCUCUUUCGGAGCGGACGGCAAUCUGCUGGACAGCAAGACCAGACAGCCGGUUGCGAGGGACAAAUACAAGUGCAAGCCUCGACCUAUUCCACACUGCCUGGACACCUUGCGAACUAUCACCGAAGGCACCACCGGAGAGACGUUCAACUUCUGUCUGGUGAACUACUACGCGACGGGCAAUGACAGCAUCUCCUACCACAGCGACGACGAGAGGUUCCUCGGUCCAAACCCUGCCAUUGCAUCCUUCGCGCUCGGCGCAAAGAGAGACCUUUUGAUGAGGCACAAGCCGAAACCGCCAUCAGAAGCCGCUCCUGCCACGCCUGAAGCUAAAACCAUCAAGCUCCCGUUGGCUUCUGGAGACAUGGUCCUCAUGAGGGGGCCAACUCAGGCGAAUUGGCUGCACAGUAUCCCGAAGAGGAAGGGCCGAGACAGCGACAAGGGGCGGAUCAACAUUACCUUCAGGAAGGCUAUGGUUAAGGGAGGGACGGAGAACUACUACCAGUACAAUGUCGGGACGGGAGGUGUCUUCAGAUGGGAUGAGAAGAAGCAGGAGAUGACACCGUGGCCGGCUUCGUAGGUAGAUGUAGACGUAUACACUCAUUUCUUGCCCGUCGCUUCGCAGACA